AUGGUGCACAUUUCUACGCAAAUAGCCAGUAUUUUGGCAGUGGUGGCAUGCGCAAAAUCAAGUCUCGUUGGUGCUUCUUCCCACAAUGGUGUACCUCAACAAGCUGCCUUGGAGAAGCGUGUGACUGCUUCUGUCUCAACUGUAAUUUAUACUGAGACCUGGACAGACUCUUACACCACUACAGUAGUGUAUGAUUUUGGUAAUACUGUCGGAUUAGAUAUCAAAGUCCCAAUCCCAACCUCCACUAUUUAUUCAACUUGGGCGGACUCAACUACAUCCUCAUCUACAGAAACAGCUGCUAUUGGGGGGACUGCAACAUUAUACAUUGAUGUUCCUACUCCAGUAACAACCAUAGUUGCUACUUGGAGUGAAUCUUACACCACUUCAAUCACUGAAGAUGCAACUGUCGGAGGGACGGGGACCGUAAUAAUUAAUGUCCCAAUUCCUACUCAAACCUUUGAACAAUGGACUACUGGUGUAAGCGAAGUCUCUGUCGAUACAUACACUGUACCUGUUGGUGAAACGGCUACAGUUAUAACCUAUUACCCAUACCAGACCGAUUGGGCUACUCAAACAUGGGGAUUAUCUUUUACGUAUACUGCUGAGAGUAUAGAUGACUACCGUCAUAUAAUACACAAAGUGGUUGACCUCCCAUCUUCUACCACAACUACUACCACUACAUGGGAUUCAUCUAUUACUGCUUCUACCACAGUCAGGCAAGGUGAUGGUACCAAUGUUUUGAUUAUUGAAGUCCCAGUUCCGACAGAAACCCUCACAUCAACCUGGACAGGUUCGACUACGGCUGUAAUUACUGAGGUUGCAUCUGCUGGUGGAACAGGUACUGUGGUAAUUGAUGUUCCAAUCCCUACUAUAACAACCACAGUGACGGAUGAUGAAUUGCACACAGCAUUCACUUUGACCAUGACUGCUUUCAUUGGGGGAACAGCAACCGUAAAUGUCUAUGUGCCAGUAGCUACUUCCUCAUCAAGUAACACGGGAACUUCCUCAACUACAUCUUCUUCCAGUGAAUCCAGUUCAACCAGCGGUGCGUCAUCGUCCUCAGAAGCUUCAAAUUCUUCAUCGGCAUCAUCUUCUAUUUCAGAAACUUCCAGUACCACUGUCUCGAGCAAUGAUUCAUUAUCAGUUUCAGAAGCUUCAACUUCUUCAGCAUUAAGUUCACUCUCUUCUGGGUCGUCCACUUCAAGUACAGUCUCUUCGUCAACUUCGUCACUGUCCUUCAUUUCAAGUGGCUAUUCUAACAGUACAAAUUCUAGAACAAUAGUUGAGACAAGUACGCAAAGCACAACUGUAGUCAUUACGACUUGCUCUGAUGGUUUGUGUACGAAGGUUCCGCUUGCUUCAUCGUCUUCUUUUGAUUUUACUUCCACAGAUACCUUUAUUCACACUACCGUCAUAACAAUUACCUCCUGUUCUGAUCAUAAGUGCAGUGUAGUACCGGUUACAACAGGAUUUACGACUAUCACUGAAGAUUAUACCACAUACACCACCUACUGUCCAUUAUCUGUUGCAUCGGAAAACUCUGCGACUAUGAAGUCCAUUGUUGUGCCACUGGAAGAAACCUCACAAGCUGGGACUAUCACUUCCACCUCUACUUCUGAAUCGGUAGACCAGAGCAUAACAAUUGAAACUUAUACCACCACUACCAACUCCGGUUCAGAGGCAGGUUCUACAUCCUCACCAGAGCCUGUCGAAAUUUCUUCGAGUACUGGAGCUGCUGCAUCUGAAACCGUCUCAACAUACGAAGGUUCUGGAUCUAAAAAUCUCAUUUACGGUACAUCUUUCAUCGGCUUCUUGCUUUCCAUAAUCUUCUAA